AUGACAUUUCUUCAUGAUUCUGUCUACAGAAGCACUGAGCCAGAGAAUUAUGAGGUGAAGGUUGAUAAAGAGGAACUCAAACAAAAACUUACUCCUUUGCAGUACCAAUGUACUCAAGAGAAAGGAACAGAAAGGGCAUUUUCUGGUGAAUACUAUGAAUUGAAAGAUGAUGGAAACUUCCACUGCAUUGUUUGUGACAACAUCCUUUUCAAGUCUGAUGAUAAAUAUGAUUCAGGGUCAGGUUGGCCUUCAUUCUCUGACAUGGCAUCUCAAGGCACUGUAAAGAGUAAAGAAGAUUAUAGUCAUGGAAUGCAUAGAACAGAGGUGGUAUGUGCUAAGUGUGGUGCCCACUUGGGUCAUAUCUUCAAUGAUGGUCCUAAGAAAACUGGCCUUCGAUAUUGCAUCAACUCAGCUUGCCUCAACUUCAAGGGGGACAGUAAACCAAGUUUAUGAGUAAAGCAGCUAUACCAAAGUCAAAACAACAAUAUAGAUCAACUUUUAUACUUCUCCAAUAUAUUUUUAUAGGUUCAAUUUCAAGCAUGGAGAAGUAGGAUAAUCAUGGUUAUUGUAUGUCCAAAUUUUCUUAAGGAUCUAAAGCCUUUGAUAAAGUUGUAUUUCAUCUGUAACACUGAGAAAGUUACAUAACUAAAAUUCAAACAAUUUAAUACUCGUAGAGUUUGCAAUCAUGCCUUUCUUACCAUCUUUUUUUCUUUUCUUUUCUUUUUUUUUCUUUUUGUCAGAAUUUGAAAGGAAAUCAUUCAAUGACAUCCAAUGCAUAUAUUCAUUUAUUUGUGUCAUUUUUUGGUAUAUUUUAGUAACUGAACAAAACCAUAUGCAAAAAUAAAUACUGAAUUGAGCAAAUACCGUAAAUACAGGGAAACGAUGUCCUGUUGGUAAUUUGCAUCCACUCCCCCCCCCCCUCCAUCUCUUGCCUCAACAUGCAUGGGCUCAGUGAUCACAACACACAGGGAUUUUUUUAUAUAUUAAGUUAGAAGACCAAUUAAACCAACAGGUGCACAGUUUUGCUGUGUUCAUGGUACAAAUUUCAGUACCCUUCAAGACCCUUCAAGUAUUUAAGACAUAUCAAGAAGUGUAUGACUCCUGUAUUUUAUUGGAAGUUGUGUAUCCUAAUGCUCAAAGAUUAAUAUUGAUUGUGUGCCAUGAUAAUAUUAGUAAAAACAAAUGAGUUUUAAUAUCAUAAGUGCUAUAAAGCAAAACUACCUUAUUAGUGUGUACAGAUCAUCAGUACAUUAUCAAUCAGCCAUUCAAAGAGAAAUUGAGAAAAUAUAGAAUUGUAUCAUCUCACAUUCAUACCAUAUACUUUUUAGGGUCAGCCCCUGCUACUGUAAUUUCAGAUUGCACUUUCAAUUUGUUCUGAUACAAGUGUACCAUGUACCAUCAAAAGGGAAUUCAAUGUAAGAGAAUGACCAAUGAAACUCUUCAUGACAUGAUUGCAAUAUACUUAUGAUUAUUAUCAAUCAUGAAAGUGAUUGCAUCUUUGGGUAAACACAUUUCAUAGUUUGUAUCUCAAAUUUUAAAAUGGGAAUGUUUGGGGAGCAACAUCUAUAUUUUAUUUUAUGUAAAUUUUGUAAUUUUUUUUAAUAUUAUAAAUAAACAAUUAUGAUCAGCUCAUAUCACAAUGAAAGAUCACCCUCUGACUUCAAUAGAAGCCUUGAAUUAUAUUGUGUUCCCUGUAAUAGACUGUUAAGAAGUCAACUGUAUUAAAUAGUUCUCUUGCUUGAACAAUUCAAUAAUCUUUUAUGUUGCUUUAUGUUGCUAAAAAUAUACAGUAUAUUUAUGAAUUUUUAGUUUGUAAACCAUUUAGAGAGGAAUAUUACAAAAGUUGUCUAUUGAUAUUUAUAUAUGGUCAGCAUUAAAAUGAAUGAUUAAUACAAAAAAUUAUAAAUUUAAACAAAACAAGGUCUAAUAUUAUUUAAGGCUAUAGUUCUAAAGGUGGAUAAGCAAUUGAAAUGAAAUUGUGUGACUAAUGCUAUGGUUAUUAAAUUUAUAUAAAUGUAUAUUUAUCAUAGAUUAACUUACAAAGUAAGUUCUUGUAUAAUAAUUUUUUUGUUGAAUAUAUGAUUAACAUUGAUAAAAUCAAUUUAAGAUCAAUUUUAAAGGGCAAAAUGGAUGUGUAAUAAAACUUUAUUUAAAAUUGUAAAUUGACUUGUAAACUUGUAACACAAAAGUAUUUUUGUUAAGUUUACAUCUUUUAUUAUCAAACAAAGUCUGAAUGGAAGAAAUUAUACUAUUGUUGGGUUUGUUGUUUCCAUAGAUUGAGAUUAAUAUGUUUAAAAUUUUAAGUUUAUUUCCCCCUCAAAAUGCUUGUUUGUUACCUUUCUAUGAUAAUCUUUGAUACUCUGUGUUUUAUGACUGGAAUCAAUAGACAUAUGCUUUGAACAGAGAAGUUACCUAUCAGUUUACAUGUUAUAUUGUACCACUUUAUCCCAUCAAAACUUCAGUUUGAAAUCAAUUACAUUAACAACUAUCAAAGUGAUUUUUGAAUUUCAAAGUAUUGUCAUAUUAUUUUUUAAAUUAUUAACCAAUUUAAAGUUUGAUAUUAUUUUAUGUUGAAAUAUAUAUUUGAUUGAAAGAUUUAAGAAAAAGGAAGUUUUCAAAUGAAAGGUUUUUGUAGCUCUUUUAAAUUAUUUUCUAUUUGCUUAGGUUUAUGUAUCCUGAACCAAUCGGAACACUUAUUUCAAAUUUGCAAUUCAUUAAAAAGGUUGUUUUUUCUGAGCACUAAAUUCUUUACUUAUUUUAUUAAUAGGGGAUGCUUAAUACUGUACACUGUUCAAUGCCAUAUGCUAAAAUAGCUUUGCAAUGUGUCUUUUCAUGGUUAUAUCAAAUUAUUAUUUAAGAGAGGUUACUAUGAGUAUGAGUGAGGAAGACUGAGAGAGUGUUAUGUUGUAAACAAAUAUUGUAGUGUAUAUACACACAUUUUUGUCUUGAAAAUAAAGUCAAAUUUUGGAGUAAAA